CAUAUUUGAUUUUGGCUAUUGGUCAACGAAAAAUCCAAAAAUAAAACAGGUGUUAUUGUUUCAACAUGUUCACAGCUCAAAUCAUGCACAAAUUAUUACUUGUGUUUAUUUAUUUAUUCAGCUCAAAUAUAUGUUUGGUUCAAUUGGAAACAAUAAAUACAUGGGGUGAUUUGUAUAAUGUACGUGCGGUAGAUAUAAAAACGGCGAUAGCUUCAUCGUUCGUGUUUAAAGUUCAAAAUCUGACUCUGACACUUCCGACGGUUGGCCAAUACAACUCGUCUAUUGUGGCCGUUCAGCAUGUUAACUUUUAUAAAAAACCCGUCAAAGUGACUUUCAUCGAUGGUGGCAUCGGCACCAAGUACAUGGUCGUAAACAUUUUAUCACAACGUGGAUAUGGUAUAAAUUCAACGUUGACCAUUUUCACAAAAUUGGAAAACCACCACUGCCAAUUAAACUAUAAAUAGAUUUUGUGUCAACAAUAAUAUACAUUUUUUCCAGAUUAUUGCGUGUGAUUGCUCUCAUCAUUUCAAAAUUGAAGCCGAGUGAUCCGUGCCAAGUGUCGUUUUUAGUUAGACUAUUAGUUUUUUUUGUUUUUACAACGUUUUCAUUUCUUUUUAUGGAACAUGUCGAGACUCAUUGCGAAACAUGUUAAAGUAUUGCAAGAAAUAAAAGCUCAUACAAGAGACGUAACAUGUGUGGAAUUUUGGGGAAAUAAUUUACUUGUGUCUGGUUCGAGUGAUAAGACAAUACGAGUGUGGAAGUGGCAUGUAUCUUGUGGUUUUUUGGAAGAAAGCUAUUCACCUUUGCUCGGUCAUAAAUAUGGUAUAACGAGUGUUAAAGUAUCGCCUCAGGGAGGCGUACUAGCUUCAGGAUCCGUUGAUGGCACCAUGAUUUUAUGGGAUUUAACAGACGGUUCCAGAACUAACAUUUUAUCACAAGAAAACGGUGAAGCAAUUCGAUGCUGUUUAUUUAGCCCGGAUGGAGCAAAUAUAGUUAGCUCUGAUGAUAGUGGUACUGUUUGCGUUUGGGGCCAAAAUAAGUCUAUUACACGAAUCAUAAGACGGCAUGAAGAAGCCGUCCAUUGUUUAUCAUUUUCACCGGAUUCGACAAUUCUACUGACUGCUUGUAUGCUGGGCAACAUUAGAAUUAGUUACAUGGAUAACGAUUCUGAAGAGUCUGACUGUUUAAUUGAUGGUGCACAUGAUAUGGGAGUAUUAUCAACGGACUUUUGCAAACUUUAUCAUUCUGACCCGUCCGAUUAUAAUACAACAAUCUACACGUUCGCUUCAAGUGGAACUGAUCAACUGAUUAAAAUUUGGCGACUUUACUGCCUUCGAGACUUGAAAGAGCCAAAGGGAUCUUCGCGAUUGCUUCCUGAUGGAGUCGUGGAACAUCUUUGUGGAAAUUCAACGGUUGUUGGAACAUCGACCAUGAAUACAGAAUGUAUACUAGCAAUUCAAGCACAUGGCAGCUCAGUUACAUGCAUUAAGUUCAAUGUCAUGGGCACAUUGUUACUAUCCUGUAGCAUGGAUAAAACAAUCAAGGUUUGGGAUUUACAGGGUAACUGUAUCAAAACAAUGACUGAACACACAAGAUAUGUGAAUUGCAUGGCUGUAAAUAGUGAUUCGACGGUGUUUUGUAGCGGUUCAAAUGAUCGAACGAUUUUAAUUUGGGACCUAACGAAUACACUCACAUUGGAUAGCCAUCUAACUGGCGUUCGUUCAAUUUUAUUUAAUUUAGCAUCAAGUCGAACUGAAGUGCCGUUAGACUUUAUCUGUCCGAUUACACAUGAAAUUAUGAAAGAUCCCAUUCUUGCUGAAGAUGGAUUUUCAUACGAAAGAGAAGCGCUAGAAGAAUGGUUCGAAAAAGGAAAAUAUUCGUCGCCAAUGACAAAUCUCGAAAUAUCGCCUGAUAUCAUUGAUAAUUCAAUUUUACGAGAACGCAUUGGAAACUUUUUGCGUGAUAUGGAUUUUGAUGCCUUUUCCUUUGAACAAAAUGAAGAGAUUUAAUUUAUUUAUUCAAAAAAUACACACAAAAACACAGACACAUAUGAUGAAACGCAGUCUCACAUGACUUUUAGCUUAAACCGAAAAAAAUAAUAAUAUAUAUUUUUCAACUCUUAAAAAAUAAA